CCACGAUACCUUUGGGAAUUUCACUUUUUCAUUGCGUCUUUCUCCUACAAUUAAAUUGACCUCGCUAUCUUUUAAAACAAAUCAUCGCAUAAUCCUCGUAAAUUUGACUUAUAUUAGUUGAAUCUUGUGUUUGAAGCUAAUAAAUUGGGUGAUGCAAUGCGAUUCUUCAGGAGAAUCGCUGGAUUUCUUGGAUUUGUGAAAGAGCAUCAACAACAAGAAGAAGAACACAACGAUCCUAAUCAUAAUCAUAAUCAUCAGCAACGAUUUUCUUCUAAUUAUCAAGAAUCAGGUCUUCCCCGUAAAGGCCUUAGUGUUCCAGUUCAGGUCGCCGUCGACCGCCCCCAGCUUGGCCCUCUGCUCGUUCCCUCUACCUCCGGCGAUGGCGGCGUCCAGGGCCUAAGAUGGUAUGCAAAGCGGCUUAAGAUAGACGAAGAUGGAGAUGUAGCAGACGAGUUUCUUGAAGAGGUUUCAGCAGAGACAUUGCCGAAUGCUGAUAAACCAUUGCCAAAGUUUCAAUAUAAGUAUAAUAUCCGAGCAGCUAAAAUCAAGAAUCAGGUAAUUUCCAAUGAUGGAAGAAUCCAACAGUGUGUAGAACAUCAAGGUAGAUUGGUUUGGGUAUAAUGAUUGCAUUCUGAGUGAGUGGGGGCUUCUGUUUUAACAUCUGUGGUGUACAACAAGUCUUGUUUUAUUAUAAACUUAAGACUAAUUUAUUCAGAAAAUCAGAUUUACAUGCA